AGCAAGCUACCAUUAUACAAAUCUCUUAGAUUUCACAAAAAGCCAAUCAAUGGAAGAGAAAGAAGUAAGUGAAGAAAACAAACGAAGCCAUGAUUGUAAGGAGUUAAUUGUCUCUCUUCCUAGAGAGAAGGGUUGGAUAACACCUUAUCUCCAUUUAUUCCAAGGAUUUUGGUAUUCAUCAAGUGAAAUCCAAGCCAUAAACACUUUUCAAAAUCACUUCCAAGCUAAAGACAAUGAUAUUGUUGUUGCUAGUGUUCCAAAAUCAGGAACCACUUGGUUGAAAGCCCUAACCUUUGCCAUUGUCAAACGCCAAAAUUUUCCUAUCUCAGAGAACCAUCCUCUACUUGUUUUCAAUCCCCAUGAACUUGUGCCUCCAUUUGAAUUUGUCAUUUAUGAUGAAACUAAUUGGCAAGUUCAUGAGCUACCUAAAAUGCCAGAGCCAAGACUUUUUGGAACCCAUGUUCCAUUUUCUUCAUUGGCCAAAUCAAUCAAAGAGACAAACACUAAGAUCAUUUACAUUUGUAGGAACCUAUUUGACACUUUCAUAUCUACCUGGGUUUUUGUCAACAGAAUUAUGCCUGAGUUUUUGCCUGCAUUACCUCUAGAGGAAGCUUUUGAAAGGUACUGCAAAGGGAUAAUUGGAUUUGGUCCAUCAUGGAACCAUAUACUUGGCUAUUGGAGAGAGAGCAUUGCAAGACCAGAUAAGGUUUUGUUCUUGAAGUACGAAGAUGUUAAAGAAGAUGUUGUCUUUAAUGUUAAAAAAAUUGCAGAAUUCUUGGGGUAUCCUUUCACUAAAGAAGAGGAAAGUAAUGGAGUGAUUGAAAAUAUAAUUAAGUUGUGUAGCUUUGAACAUAUGAAGGAAUUAAUGGUAAAUAAAUGUGGAACCAUGGGCAAAGGAAGGAUAGUUGAGAAUAAGUAUUUCUUUCGGAAGGCAGAAAUAGGAGAUUGGGUAAAUUAUUUUUCUCCUCCAAUGGUUGAAAAAUUAUCCAAAAUUAUAGAGGAAAAAUUAAGUGGGUCGGAUCUAUCAUUUAGAUUGUGUGAUCUUAAUAAUAGUACUUAGUCAAUGAUGUUUAGACAUAGUUGUUUAUUUAAAUAAAUGGUUUGGAAAAAAAAAAUCAUAAACUAAAAUUACUUUUGCAAAGUUUUAAAUCAUCUUUCUAGAACAAUUUAUACGAAUGCUUUUCGUGACUAAAGUUAUGCUUAAGUUAAUUUUAGUUUAUAGAACUUUCUUAUUAUUAUUUUCUUUUUCUCUUCACAUUACUAGAUAAGUUUAUCCAAAUGUUUUGGCACAAAUAUUGCUGUAUAUUUUUUUGGAAUAAAGAGUGUAAAAGGUCUAUAAAAGACAAUGUGUGGCUACCUUCAUUACUAGAAAUUAAGACUUGAUGGCAAAUUGUACUUUA